UGGGGGUGUUGGGGUACGAUAAAGGGUGGGGUGACCCCCCUGAACCCCCUGCGGUCCGGCCCCGAUGCCACCAUGUCCCCUCCCCAAAGGAAGGGCUGUCCCCAGUGCCGGGCUCAGCCGUUCCCGGGGGUCCCCGGGACCCCCGUGACACCCCCCGGGUGCCCAGUCCGGGGCUGGGGGGGGCGAUCAUCACCGUGAGGACCCCCCACCCCCCUGGGGUGACCCCGGCCAGGGCUGGGGGGUCCCCACAGUGGGGUCACCCCACCCCACUCCUCCAUAGCCACCCAUCGCUGCCCAUGGCCGGGGUUUGGGGGUGACGGGGCUCUCCUGCAGUGUCCCCCCGGCCGUGCCCGAGCCCUCCGUGCCCUGUGCCCCCCCAAAUCCCCCCCGUGACCCCCAACUCUGCGGGAUCCCUUUGUGGCAUCACCGGCAGGGGCAGCGCUUCCCGCUCGGCGCCUGCGCUCGCCGCGCCGCCGGAGCCUCCUCCGGCCUGGCACGGCCCGAACUGGGGGUGUCCCCCCUCCCCCGCCCCCCGUGCUGCCCCCGGAGCCCCCCCUAAACCUGCCGGACCCCCCCCCGCCGAACGAUGGGCUGAACGCACCCGGCAUCUUGCGGGCACAGGGGGUGCGGCACACAAAGACCCCCCCCCCAAAAACAACCAAACCAGCCCCCCGGCGCGGUGCUGGGGGGUCACCGAGCCCCCCUCGGGCCGCCCAGGGACCCCCCGGUGGUCCCCGAGGAGCCGCAGAGCCGCCGGUCCCGGAUUGAGCAGCGACAGCGCCGGGAGCAGCAGGUGCCCCCAUGGCGUCGUUCCGCAUCCGGCAGUACCAGGAGCAGGACUACGAGGCCGUGCGGGCGCUGUUCGCCCGCGGCAUCCUGGAGCACGCCCCGGCCGCCUUCCGGCACGUGCUGCGGGCGGCGCGGGUGCGCCUGGCGCUGCUGGCCGUCUUCGUGGCGGCGAGGGCGGCCGCGGGCUCCUGGCCGCUGGGGCUGGGCGCGGUGGCGCUGGCGCUGGUGCUGCUCUGGGUGCUGGUGCGCUCGCUGUGCACCGACUACGUGCGCGAGGCGCUGGGCACCGACCUGUGCGACGUGCCCGGCGCCUACCUGCGCCCGCCCGACUGCCGCUUCUGGGUGGCCGAGGAGGGCGGCGCCGUGGCGGGCAUGGUGGCGGCGGUGCCCGCGGGCCGCGGCGAGCUGGAGCUGAAGAGGCUGUCGGUGAGCCGGGAGCAGCGGGGCCGCGGGUUGGCGCGGGCGCUGUGCCGGGAGGUGCUGGCGUUCGCCCGCGCCCGCGGCUACGGCGCCGUGGUGCUCAGCACCUCCAUGGUGCAGGUGGCGGCGCAGCGGCUCUACGAGGGGCAGGGCUUCCGCAGGGUGGGCACCUCGUACCCCUCGCUGCUGGGCACCUUCCUGAACUUCCAGAUGUUUCACUACCGCUGCGAUUUGGGGGAUGGCACUAAGUAGGGCCCGGGUGGCGCGGUGCCGGGAUGGAGGGGCCGGCGUGGCACGCCAAACCUGGCACGCGAGGCACCGCCAUGGCACCCCAGCUCCAGCCCCGGUGCGGCGAGCCCGGGACAUGAGGCGUGGCCGUGGCACUGCCGUGGCACCCGAACCCUGGCACCGCCGCUGCCCGCGACCCCUGGCACCGCUAUGGCACCCCGCACCCGGCCCCGGGACGCGACCCCAGCACUCCCACCCCAAUCCUGGCACAGCAGCGCCGGCACAGCACCGCAAUCCCAGGACACGAAGCACCACCGCGGCACCCCAGCCUGGCACUGCCUUGGCACGGUGACACCAGGACGUGUGGCACUCGCUGCCUUGGCACCCCGGGAUCCAGCACAGCACUCCAACCCUGGCACUGAACCAUGGCACCCCCGAUCCCUGCCCGGGCACAGGGGGCACCCACAUGGCCCUUCCUGGAUUUCCAGCAGCAGGAAAUAAAGAGAGACCUGUGGGAA